AUGGCUAAAAAAUCUUUAAUGGCAGAACCAGGAGAUCCAAUUCCUCAUCCACGUAAAAAAAGGUACCGCCCGGGGACAAUGGCGCUUCGAGAAAUUCGAAAAUAUCAGAGAACAACGGAUUUACUAAUUCAACGUCUUCCAUUCUCUCGUAUUGUCCGUGAAAUCUCAUCAGAGUUUGUUGCAAACUUUUCUACAGACGUUGGGCUUCGAUGGCAAUCAACGGCUUUACAGUGCCUCCAAGAAGCAGCAGAAGCUUUUCUCGUGCAUUUGUUUGAAGAUACGAAUCUUUGUGCUAUUCAUGCCAAGCGUGUAACCAUAAUGCAACGCGAUAUGCAGCUAGCUCGUCGUAUUCGUGGUGCUUGA